AUGGAAGGUGGUGAUAUUUUUAUACAAGAUUUUAUAAACGAUCUCCAAGAAUCUCCUGAGAGCCAAAUCCAAAAAUGUUUUCGUGGUACUGGUAUUCUGAUUACUGGUGGAACAGGUUUUAUUGGAAAAGUUUUAAUUGAAAAACUUUUAAGGUCAUGUCGUGAUUUAAACACAAUUUAUUUAGUUGUGAGACUAUUGAACGGUCAAAAUCCGAAUGAAAGAGUCAAAGAAAUGUUUACUAGUCCGUUUUUCGACCGUAUGAAAAGGGAAAAUCCUACGUAUCGUAGCCAAGUGCAAGUGGUAAGAGGUGACUGUUUUCAGCCGAACAUUGGCAUAGAUGAAGUCGACUUGAGCAGGAUUGAGUCCAAAAUAAACGUUGUCAUACAUCUAGCGGCUGCGACUACCACUAUUCACCCUUAUUGCAUGUUGAACAUGGCUGUAUGCAUCAACGUCCGGGGCACCAGAGACUUAAUUGUCCUAAUAAAACGUUUUCAAAAUCUCAAGGCUUUUGUUUACGUGUCGUCCGCGUUCACUAAUCCUUCAAUUUUGGACGUGUACGAACAAUUUUACAAUUUCCCGAUACCGGCAUCCACUCUUAUCCAGAUGGUCGAAACCCUUCCUGAUUACAUUUUGAACCGUGUUACUUCGGGGCUUGUGUCUGAAUGGCCGGAUGUACUUACGUUUACUAAAGCGUUGGCAGAGCAGAUAAUUCAAUCAGCUGGAUCAGAUCUACCCGCGUGUAUUAUACGACCAGGAUUUGUCUUAGGUACUGCUAAUGAACCAAUAGCUGGUUGGACAAACGAUUUAAAUAAUUUGACCGGUUGUGCGCUAGGUUCCGGUCUCGGCUUGGUAAGGGUUUUUUACGGACCUAGCAGCGUUAACGCCGAAAUCGUACCCGUUGACAUGUUGGUUAAUCUUCUUCUGGCGGCAUGCUGGGAGUUAAUUGGCAACAGGACGGACGUCGUCAACGAGGAAGUACCCAAAGACGCAGUUAAUACUUUGAUUUACAAUUAUGCUUCGUCUAAUUAUAAACCAUGUACUUGGAAUCAGCUGGGAGAAAAAUUUUUUAAAAAUGAAAAAAAUGUUUCAUCGUCAAACUUUUUUUGGAUGCCGUUUUAUUGUGUCACCAAUAGCAUAUUUAUCUAUUGGAUAAUGACGCUUUAUUUACACACUAUUCCGGCGAAAGUUGUGGAUUUGUUCAUCUGGCUUGUAGGAAAAAAAUCUAGACUGAACGAGUUUUACGAACGAGUGCAUGCAGCAGCUAAACAUUUACGUUCGUAUCAACAGAUGCACGUUAGGUACCAUAAUCACAACGUCAAAAACUUAAUGAAUAAAUUAUCGUUAAGAGACAAAAUAUUGUUUGAUUUCGAUAUGAGCACAUUAUCGUGGGAUGACUAUUUCGAUAAGUACUUGAAGGGCCUUCGGGUAUAUUUAAUGGGAAAUCCUUUGCAAAUGCCCGGAACAAAUAAUAAUACACUGAACAGGUUGAUUACAAUUCAUUAUAAUUUUAUAAUAUCCAUAUGUGUCGUUAUUGCGAUAUCUACAAUAUAUUUUUAUUAUUAAAUAAAUGUAUACAUUCAUGUUCAACUUGGGUGACAACUGCUAGUAUAUUUCACGAAGAACUACGAGCUCUAUUAACGUCCGGUAUAAUUACACGUACAAUUGUGUCUAUUUAAAGCUGAGGAAACUUUUCUUUAGAAAGUUUCAUCAUUUUAUCUUUUUGUAUUUCUAAUUUUUUUUUUGAAUUUUUACGUGCAAUACAAAUA